CUUCAGGCAGUUCAGAGGUCCAACCAGGGCGAGACAGGAGGCGAUUGGCUAGUCGAAGACUGGCAAAUGAGCGGAUCUUCUAAACGCAAUCCCUAAAAGGGUUGAUAAAGAUUCUAGGCGCACGCAUUCCAAGGCUAGAUCGCAAGACCUCGAUGUCAGCCCGGCGGCGUGUCCAAUAUCGCCCCACCUCAUCUUCAUCCUCAUCUUCCAUCUGCUCUUCCAGUGAGAAUAGUAGAGCCUCGUCUUGCUUCAUGUUCACCAAAGACAGAGCAAAACACACCAUUUCCCGUUUCAGAUUUAUGUCCACGUGUUCGAACUGUCGGACAAGAAAAAUCCGAUGUGAUGGAGCGAGCCCGGUAUGCGGCCAGUGCAAAGCCAAGCAUAAAGAUGGCCCAUGCGAUUACGAUCCGCCGGCUCCAUCCCCGGCCACAAAUGUUCUCCUACCCAAAGGUGAAGCGUGUAAUCCCUGUCGGAAAAAGAAAAAGAAAUGCACUGGCGAGCGCCCUGUCUGCACCACCUGCGCGAACGGAAAGGGCAACGAAGAAUGCAAGUAUCCAGAGCCCGAGCACGAUACCGACUCCGUUCGUCACCGGAACCGUCAGCUCGAACAACGUCUGCAAAAGUAUGAAUACAUCAUUCCGCAGACGCCACGCCGACCCUCUUUGUCUACAAAGAAGCGUAGCUCGACCGCGAACGGGAUGACUGGACGUCAUGUCUCCUUCAGCACGGACACGACGGCAUCCACGCACCCUCGAAAUGUAGACAUCCGUAUGGACGAGGGCCCACGGCCCAGUCAUGACUCGAUGCCUUCCACCAGCUCUUCUGUCACAGAACGCCCUAGCAGUCCUGGAAGCCCGGACAUCCCACUGGCUUCAGUUGUCUCGCAACGUUCCCAAGCGCAGUCCUCAUGGUCAGACUCAAGCUCCCAACACAUGAGUGCACCCGCCGCUCUCCCAUAUCCGGCCGAAUCCUUUACAAUCCCUUCGCAAUACGGAAACCCUACUUGGCAGCACCAGCCCCUUGGAUCAAGCAGCUCUCUCGCGCACGCUCUUUCGCCACCUUCACAUACGUCGGCUCCGUCGACAAGCACCUUCGUUCCCUCAGCCUACAUCGAGCCCGUACCCCAAUACGCUGCCGGCCCUUCUUCGUCACAACCAACAAACUUUCUCACGUCAUGGAGGGACUCCCAGCAACCUCAGACAUCAGACCCGAGUCAGCAGCCGUCGACGUCUUGGACAGCGCAAGAUUUCGACCUCGUGUCCUUCCUGUCCUCUGGCUCGACGACUGCGUCUCAGCCGCAGGCGGGAGUGCACAUAUCUCCCCAAACAGACUUCGAUAACCACUCUCCUGACCAGUCCAGUGAAUGGUUCCCCUUGGACAUGGCCUACGAUUGGGCGGCAUGGCUCGAUGCACCGGAGCCAUUAGGCUUCAUUACCGACUCGGUCACGGCCACAGUUCCGGAUCAGCCAACGUCAUCCUACCAGGCGGCUCCCCAAUCUCAAGGGCAACUUCAAAGUCAAGAAUACGCCGGUAUGGUCCCGCCACAACCGCCACAGCAGCAGCAACAAUCGUUUAGCCACAUUCCCGAUCUGGGCGCUGCGUGGUACAAUGGCCAGUUGGUCUCGGGCGGUCUUCCAAAUCCGGGCAUGGUGUCGUCCACGGCCGCUAGGAUAGAGGGCCUCGGGGUCAAUCCGAACCCGACCACGCCCAUGGAUCCGCUACCACAGGCUCAGGGCCAAGCGCAACGUGUGAUGCCUCCUGCCCCGGGCUAUAUGCCUCCUCACCAUGCGUUCGGUGCUUCGCCGCCCGCGGCUGUUAUACAAAGCUCGGCUUGGGUACAUAUGCCUCCCAUACAGUAUCCCGUCCCGUCGUUCGCCCCAGGAGGUUCUUCAACUGCCGCUUUGAACCAGCAGCAUCAGCAGCAGCAUAAUCCAAUGUCGGGCUUUAACGUCAACGCCAUGCCUUCUUCGUCGUCGAAGCCUCUUGGUCCAUACGAUCAUAUCAAGCGUCCAAGUCGUCCUCUUCUCGCGGAAUGCAUGACUCGCGAUCAUCAGGCUACUCUGCGUUCCGUGUUCUUUAAGCAUGGCGUCCAAAUGGGUGUUCGACUUACUCAAGCCAAGCUUAACGCUCUCGCCGAUGGUGAUCUCUCCGGCAAAGUCAUCCACCCCAUCUUCGUCCACCUCGCCCACCUCUACGGCUCUAUGCUCCUUAGACGCGAUCCCGACGACGUCCCCAGCUCCCUGUACCCGGACGAAGAGCUAUCCUAUCUCACCGUCAUCCUCGACGCGCUUCAUUCAUCGUCUCUCGAGACGAUCGAUCCGGUGUUCCGGGUCCGCGCGCAUGGGCUGUUGGCGUUGUAUUUCUAUUAUAAGAGGGAUGUGUUUCCGGCGAGGGAUCAAAUGGACAAUGCGGCCAGACUGAUCGAGAGUGAGGGCUUGAAGAUCGAGAGGGUUGAACUUGGCCAGGCUAGCACGAUGGUGGCAGUCGGAAAUCUGAGUCGAGGAACGACGAGGGAGACUAUUGCGCUUAUGGCCGCCGUGAGUGAGGAGGAUGAGAAGAGAAGCAUCUUGGCACAUAUGGUCUAUGUGGAUAGGUGUGCGGAGGCGUUGAUGAAGAGCGCGCCGCAGAUUCCGAAGCGGUUGGAUGGGGAGUUUAUGGUCUUGAUGCGCAAUGCGAAUCCUCCUUUGGAUCCGCUCAAUUCGGUUCUUAUGCGUACGAGCAGUAUCUUGCUUCUGUGCGAGACGCGAGACUUUAUGCAACAGUGGAGCAGAUGGGCAGUCGCUCAUACGCCGCUUCUGCAUUGGUACGCACAGUACACGAGCCUCGUCGAGCGUAUCCUUAUGUUACUCGCCACCAUCGAACUCUCCACUUCUCGAAUGUCGCUCGCCUUCCACGAUCACGAGAGCAUCCUGGCCCUCAAAUGCUGCACCAUCAUUCUCCGUACCGCGCUGAUCAACAUGUACACGUUGUUGACACACGGGCUCAACCAUUUCGAGAGCCAGCAUAAGGUGGUGAGCGAGGCGGUCCAGAUCACGAGCUUGAGCGACACGUUCAAGGCUGCCGAUUAUGAGAUCUUGGAUCCUAUCCUCUCGAUGUGUUGGAACCUCGCCAAACUCGUCCUCGGCCGCGAACUGAAGCGUGUCAAAACGCUGAGCCAACCUUCCCGACACAACGCCCCCCAGCCCGACCUCGGGAUUCACGCCAAGCACCUCCCGUUCUUGCUAGCUUCGCUACGCAUGUACACGCGCAUGUUGAUAGCCUCAGUUCCGUAUGUUAAGGAGGAGGUCCCGGAAGACAAGCAAGGAGAGGGCGAUGUAGAUAUAUCAGGGCUGGACAUUACUGGAGAGGGGGGUAUGGACGAUGGUCGCUGACCGG